AUGAAAUUCUCAUCUCUGUACUGUAUCGCGGGCCUCGCGCCACUUUUGUCUUCGGCAUGCCUCCUCCCCGAGGAGCAGGAGGGACUACCAAGGCUGGCACGCCGCCAAUCAUCCGGUAAUGGUAUCGCCAUCGCAACUGGCGACCGCUACAGCUCUGGCACCAUAGCGCCACGAGGGCUAGGGACACAAACCACGACGCUAACGUCGCUUUUGAACGUCAAGGAAAUCGCAAGCGGCUUGAAAGGGCUCGCGAGUGUGUACGGCAUCUCAACCUUCACGACUCCGUACACUACCUAUAAAGGAGCAAGCAUCGCUGGUGGCAAAGUCGGAGGAAAUGGAACGUGCAACGACGCAUACCGCGUGUACUUGAACUCCGCUAUCCACGCGCGAGAGCGAGGAGCCUCGGAUGGUCUCUUGUUCUUUAUUGGCGACCUGCUGUACGCCAACAAGAACAAUGUCGGCCUCAAGUAUGGCUCUAAAUCUUACACCCAUGCUCAGGUAGUGUCAGCUCUGUCAACUGGGAUAGUCUUUGUGCCGCUGAGCAAUUCCGACGGCGUAGCGUAUGAUCAGUCUUCAAACAGCUGCUGGCGCAAGAACCGUAACCCCGCGUCAUCCACAGGUUCUUCUGAUUCCAUUGGCGUGGAUUUGAAUCGUAACUUCGACUUUGUGUGGGACUUCACCAAAGAAUUUGCUUCUAGCGCUAGGUCUAGCGUUGCCUCCACCGACCCUUCUGAUGAGACUUAUCAUGGUACCAGUGCCUUUUCUGAACCUGAGACGCAGAGCAUCAAAUGGAUCACGGAUACCUAUAGCAAAAUCCGCUGGUUCCUCGAUCUGCACUCGUAUGCCGGAGAUGUCUUGUAUAGCUGGGGUAGCGAUGAAAACCAGUCGAAAUAUCCCACCAUGAACUUCCUAAACUCUCAAUACGACAGUGUUCGGGGUAUUUUGACUGAUACGCCAGGUUCUGGUAACGGAUAUGGCGAAUACAGCCCAACUAAUGAGAGCAGUGGUAACCUCAAUGCCGCAACACGAAUCGGUAGCGCCAUGAGCACCGCCGCCGGGCGCGACUAUUCCGUGUUCCCUGCUUCGAACCUAUAUCCGACUUCAGGAGCGAGUGAUGACUACCAUUACUCACGCCAUUUUGCUGAUACUUCAUUGAAUCUCGUUCAUGCCUAUACGGUCGAGUUUGGAUUCGGGAAUGAUGAUGCUUCGUGUCCGUUCUACCCCAGUCAAUCGCAGCACAAUCAGAACAUCAAGGAGAUUGGUGCGGGGUUCAUGGAGUUGCUAUUGGCGGCGGUUGAUGUGGGCGUUGGAGAUCCAGUGACUUGUUAG